GAAUUCCCUCUUUGAUCAUUAAUUAAGCUCAACUAAUUAACUACACUUAUUAGCUCAUAAUACAAUUGAAAAACAAGUUACAACAAAAAUGUGGCAAAUUAUGGGUUUAUAUGUUGCAACAAUGACAGCAAUAUGCUUCAUUUUCUUGGUACAUAAAAGGAGAAAUUCAAGAGUGAACAAAAUGGUUCUACCUCCAGGGUCUAAAGGUUUCCCCUUUAUAGGAGAAACCCUUCAACUCCUCCUCCCUAGUUACUCCCUAGACCUUCCCUCGUUCAUUCAAACAAGAAUUCAAAGGUAUGGACCUAUAUUCCAGACGCGGCUUGUUGGAAGGCCGGUGGUGGUGUCUGCUGAUCCGGGUUUCAACCGGUACAUUGUGCAGCAAGAAGGAAAGAUGGUUGAAAUGUGGUACUUAGACACAUUCUCUAAGAUCUUUGCACAACAAGGGGAAGGUAGGACUAAUGCUGCUGGCCUAGUGCAUAAGUACCUUAGAAACAUCACUUUCACCCAUUUUGGCUCUCAAACCCUUAGGGAUAAACUGCUCCCUCAUCUUGAAAUUUUGGUACGGAAAACUCUACAUGGAUGGACGUCUCAAGAAUCAAUUGAUGUCAAAGAAGCCGCUUUAACGAUGACCAUUGAGUUUGUAGCAAAGCAACUUUUCGGGUAUGAUUCUGAUAAGAGCAAGGAGAGAAUAGGUGAUAAAUUUGCUAAUAUUUCACAAGGCCUUCUCUCCUUCCCAUUGAACAUCCCUGGCACUACAUACCAUAGUUGCUUAAAGAGCCAAAGAGAAGUGAUGGAUAUGAUGAGGAAAACUUUGAAGGAGAGGCUUGCUUCACCGGAUACAUGUCAAGGGGACUUCUUAGAUCAUGCUCUGAAAGACCUUAACACUGACAAGUUCCUCACCGAGGAUUUCAUCCUACAGAUUAUGUUUGGACUCCUCUUUGCUAGCUCUGAAUCAACUUCCAUCACAUUAACUUUAGUCCUCAAAUUCUUGUCAGAAAAUCCUCAUGUUUUGGAGGAAUUGGAGGCUGAGCAUGAGAGAAUUCUUAAGAACAGAGAAAGCCCUGAUUCUCCCCUGACUUGGGCAGAAGUGAAAUCAAUGACUUUCACUCUUCAAGUGAUUAAUGAAUCUUUGAGACUUGGAAAUGUUUCUCUUGGAUUACUCAGGAGAACAUUGAAAGACAUCGAAAUCAAUGGAUAUACAAUUCCAGCAGGAUGGACAAUUAUGCUGGUGACUUCUGCAUGCCAAUAUAACUCUGAUGUAUACAAAGAUCCACUUACCUUCAACCCGUGGCGCUGGAAGGAAAUGCAACCUGAUGUUAUAGCAAAAAACUUUAUGCCAUUCGGUGGAGGAACAAGGCAAUGUGCAGGAGCAGAAUUUGCUAAAGUGUUAAUGACUAUUUUCCUUCAUGUCCUUGUUACUACUUACAGGUGGGAGAAAAUCAAGGGUGGAGAAAUCAUUCGAACUCCCAUUUUAGGAUUCCGAAAUGGUCUUCAUGUUAAGUUGAUUAAGAAGGCCAGAUUAAGCUGAGGAUGCAUGAUUUAAGUUGUUCUUAGCCAUAUUGUUCCUCCAAACAAAUGUUCCCUUCUUUGGAGAUUAUAUAUUGAAUUGAUAUUUGAUAUUUUUUUUUUCCUUGAAGUAAAUUGAUAUUUGAUAUUGUUGCAUGUAUUCAAUGUAAUUUCUUAAUUACAAGACGAUAA